AUGUCUGCUUCGCAGACGUCGAUUGUAGGUUCCUUCAAACCAUCUACAGAGAGAAGCAAGUCUUCCACCUUUACCGCCUCCAGUUCGACUUCCAGAGGCGAGGGUCGGAGCCACUCAGGGGAUGCACAUCGCCCCGGGCCGGGACGACGAAGCAAUGCAAAAGUUAAGACGGGAUGCAUCAAUUGCAAGCAGAGACACAUCAAGUGUGAUGAGCUGCGACCUACUUGCUCUCAAUGUGCGCGAAGUAAAAAACAAUGCACUGGCUAUCCGCCGCCAGCACGCAGUGCCACAUCCCUGAUCGACAUCAGGAUUGCUCCAAAACCAAUUUCUACCGUUCGACCUCAAGCUGGAGGCUCAACUGCUCCCCGUAUUGGCAUUGUCAAGCCAACAGUCUUGCCGCCUCGACGUGCAAACAGACGCAAGCUGCAAGCAUCGGCGGCGCAGCAGCAGCUUGUCGUUGCCUCAAACACACACAUCCCCAUGAUAUACCAGCCCUCUGCCGGUCUCGGGUUUCAGCAGGCCGAAGGAUUAUAUUUUGAGCUGUUUCGCGUCCAGGCAGCGCCAGAAAUAUCCGGGUAUUUUUACUCCAGCUUCUGGGCACAAAGGGUCUUGCAGGAAUCCCAUUCCGAGCCCGCCAUUCGCCAUGCCGUCGUGGCCUUGGGAGCCCUGUACAAAACUCUGGAGCAAGGUUUUCAUCUGGCCACGUCGCCCCCGCUGAAGAAGGAUGCGCUUAAGAGUACUUGGUCGGCGCAUUGGGAAGUUGCAAUCAAGCAGUACUCCGACGCCUGCAACUCUACUUUGCUGCUCACCGGGCAGAGUCUACAGUCGUAUAGAAUACGACUCAUGGCUAGCAUACUCUUGGCGUGCUUCGACUCCUUCGUCGGGGAUCAUAAACUGGCCAUUCACCAGAUACGAACUGGUCUUGGGCUACUUGAACAACUUCAGGCCCAGCAUCCAAAUCAUCGAAACCCCAGCCCUGAAAGCAAGGUAGAAGACGAAAUACUUGACAUGUUCACUCGGCUGGCAAUACAAGCAAAGUCAUACGACAUGGCGUUCCAUUUCCCAGAACCGGACGUCAUUCGUCUCGCGCCACAACGGCAGCAGUCCAGGGGGUCCUCGCCCAUCUCGUCAGACCCCGGUUCUCCCGGCUCAUCUUCCAGCAUAACCAUUCCGCCUCGUUUCAGCUCGUUGACUGACGCGAGAAACGCUUCAGACAGGCUGUGCGAGAGACUGGUCAGGUUUAUAGAACGCCUACAAUUGGCCAAGAAUAACAAAAGCAACGUUUUGCCUGCCUCUUGGGUGGAAUACGGAAGGGACCUCAAAAGCCAGCUCGACGCUUGGAGCGAGGCAUUUGAAAUCAUAUUCCAAAAACGCCUGGACCCUCUAGUAAGCCACACCGAAAAGGCGGGAAUCGCAGCGUUGAAGAUGUUUCAAAUCAACACCAACAUUUUAUUCCUAAUGAUGUUUUGCGACACCGAAGUCCAGUUCGAUGAAUUCAAGCCGCACUUUCAAGCCAUCGUGGACCUCGGCUGGGAAGUCGUUGGUGCUGAGGAGAAGAAAGCCGCAGCACAGCAUUGCCAAGCUGGCGAGGCUUACCAGCAUCAACACAGAAGCAGCAGCAGCAGCAACGCCAACGCCAACACCAAUGGGACCUUCAGGGCCGGGAAACCCUGCACAAGCCACGUAAAACCAAGCUUCUCGGCAGACCUGGGCAUCGUCCCGCCCUUGUUCGUCGUUGCUACAAAGUGCCGCGAUGCGAGACUGCGACGCCAGGCCAUUCAGUUGCUGCGAAGCAGCGCCAGGAGAGAGGGCAUGUGGGAUAGCGAGCUAGCAGCCAACAUUGGACAGUGGGUGAUGCAGGUCGAGGAGUCGGACGAACCCAUGCAGUUCCAGCCAGGAGUCAUGGCGUCUUUGCCGACGAAACCCAUUCCAGAGGAGAGGAGAAUCAUGGUCAAGUCGGUUGACUUUAAUCUCCACUACCGCCGUGCCGAUCUUCGCGUAGGCACCAGAGCAGUGCACGAGGGGCAAGCCGACGACAGGGUGAAAACAACCACGAUCAGUUGGUGA